GGCGGGAGUCAGGUGUUCAAUGGCGGGUACGGUGUCCUUCCUUCUCCCUCCUCCAUUUAUCGCCCUCCUCCCACCCCGCAGGACCCCUUGAGUAUCCUUAGAGGCGUAGGAUGCGGGGAGGCUGAAGGAGGCGGCCGGAAAGGAUGUUGUAAUUAACUAUGACUAGUGGAGUGUUGCGUGUAUUGUGUUGCGGACAUUGAGUGGCGGCCGUGCAGCCCAGCGCGUGGCGGCAGAGUGAGUGUGUACGUGGCAGUGGGAACGUGACACUGGCGGCUCUGGUGAUGCUCCCGCCCGCCGCCACCGCUCCUGCUGCCUCUCAUCUCCGCCACUGCGUUUGUUGACGUGCGCUGCUGCCGCUGCCGCCCCCCGGUGCAGCCCCCCAUGAAGUAGCGGUGUGUGGCUGGUGUGGGUGAGGGUGAGGGUGGGUGGGAGGCGGGCGCCCCAUGUGUGGGGUGGCGCGGGACACAGUUGGUCAAAGUGACGCAGUGCCCCCCCUGGAGGCGGCCAUGCCCCCCUCCAUCACCCUGGGCUCGGAGCCGCCCAAGCCUGCCGGGGGCCCGGGGGAGCACCCCCCCCAGCAGGAACCACCCCCCGGCAGGGACAUCCCCACCAUCGACUUGUCCUGUGACGAGAACGAUGACCUGCAGAAGGCCAUCGAGCUGAGCCUGCAGGACCAGGAGGGGGCGGCCACCCUGGGUGUGUCGGCGGAGGAGCAGGAGGUGUCCCGCGCGCUGGAGGCGUCCCUCAAGGACUCCCAGCCCCAGGCCACUGUGGACCUGCUCAACCCCAGGGAGCGCCGCCGCCUGUCUGGCCGCCCCGUCGGCCUCAAGAACAUCGGCAACUCCUGCUGGUUCAACGUUGUGAUCCAGCCGCUGUUCCACAUCCCCGUGUUCAGGGACCUCAUCCUGGACUUCUCGCAGCACCCGGAGGGCGAGGAGCACAUGGAGGAGGGCCACAAGGCCGCCCAGCUGGUGCCGGCCCUGCGCCGCCUCUUUGCCCUCAUGAUCGGCUCGCACAGGAAGUAUGUGGACCCGUCCUCGGCCGUGCAGGUGUUCCAAGGCCAGGAGAUGCGCCGCAACGCCCAGCAGGACGUGUGCGAGUUCACCCACAAGCUGCUGGAGCGCCUGGAGGAGGAGUUCCAGCAGCUGCUGCGGCGGCAAGGCGUGGAGAAGGAGAGCUGUGGCCGACACAUCUCCAAGGACGCCGACUUUGACAACCCCAUCAUGAAGCUGUUCUACGGCCAGGCCAAGAAGGAGGCAUGCGAGGAGGCCGCCCAGCAGGAGCAGCGGCCACAGCAGCAGCAGCAGCAGGAGCAGGAGGAUCAGCCCCAGCCUCAGCAGCAGGAGCAGCAACUACCACCACAGCAGCAGCAGGAGGAUCAGCCCCAGCAGCAGGAGCAGCAGGAGGAGGGCCCCAAGCAGGAGGCCUUCGGGCAAUACCCGCUGCGAGUCACCAACUACCGACACAUCCACGACAGUAUCCUGGCCUCCAUGAGCAGCAGCGCCCCGGCCGGCAGCGGCCCCAACGCCCCGCCCCGCCAGGAGACCUGGUUCAAGAUGCUGCCGCCGGUGCUCAUCUUCUCGCUGUCGCGGUACGAGUACUCCCACGAGAAGAAGCGUGCGGAGAAGGUGCACAACAAGUUUGAGUUCCCCGAGUUCCUGUUCAUGGACCGCUACAUGGAGGCCAACAAGCAGCUGGUGCAGGAGAAGCAGGUGCGCGUGGCCAGCCUGAGGGGCCGGCUGGGCGCCCUGCACCGCACGCUGGACCGCUACCUCAAGUACGGCUCCGGUGCCGCCCAAUACCCCAUCGCAGACAUCCUGCGCUACACCCUGGACUUUGCACAGACGGGGCGGGGCAGCGGCGAGGCAGGGCAGGACGCCCCCUCGCCCCCCAUGAUGGAGGUGGACGGGUCCGAGGAUGACGUGGAGAUGGCCGAGGACGGCCCCGACUGUCUGCCCCGCCCCUCCCCGGCACCCCGGGAGGAGGAGGAGGAGGAGGAGGAAGAGGGGGGCAGUCGGGAGGCAGGGGCUGGAGAGCAACAGCAGCAGCAGCCGCAACAAGUGCCGUCACCCACCAAGCGCAUGAGGCUGCUGCCGCCAGCGCCGCGGUCCAUCUCUGGGCCUGAGCUGGCCACGCUGCAGGGCUGCCUCUCGCGCUGGCUGCGGGACAUCACGGCCCAGGUGGAGGAGCUGCGGCGCCUCAUCGCAGAGCUGGAGCACCAGCUGGCCCAGGUGUACGAGGAGCCGGCUCUGCGCCAGGUGCCCUACCGCCUGCACGCCGCCGUGGUGCACGAGGGCCAGGCGUCCGCCGGCCACUACUGGGUGUACAUCCAUGACCCCGUCAGCGGCGGCUGGAUGAAGUUCAACGACAUCCAGGUGGUGGAGGCCAGCUGGCAGGAGGUGCUGCAGGACAGCGUGGGCGGCCACAACAACACCAGCGCCUACUGCCUCCUGUACAUAGACCAGGGACGCUACCCAACGCUCUUCCCCGCCGCGCCCAAGAGCCAGGAGGACCUGCUGGCCGGCCUGGCCCUGGACCUGCAGGAGCACAUCAAGGGUGACAACCAGGCCUUUGCCAGGGAGCUGGAGGAGUGGGACUGCAUGCAGGAGGCCGCCAUUGUCACCGAGGUGCCCCAGACCCAGGCGGUGGCCACCUGCGCCCCGCCGCCGCCGCCGGCGCCCGGCUCCCCGGACGUGGUGUGCCUGCAGGAGGGCGAGGACGGCAAGUUCUUCGUGGAGAUGGAGACCAUGCUGACCCUCAUGGUGCGGGAGGAGCUGACCAGGGCUGCGGAGAAGGCUGCCACCCCCCGCCCCGGCCCCAUACUCUACCAGCUGCUCAACAUGCAGAUGGGUCACCUGCAGUGUGUGGACGUGAACACGAGGGACGCCAACGGCUUUCUCUGCGAGCUGGUCCUGCUGGACUUUGCCAUGUACAUCAUGCGCAACAUGCUCCCCGAUCACCGGAUGCAGCCGUACAGCAAGGACCUGAUGCAGGCGUACGGCUGUGAGGUGGUGGUGCAGGUGGCCCGCAGCCUGGCCCACCGCAGCCCCGUGGUGGAGCAGGCAGAGCGCGAGGCCACCCACCAGCUGCGCCAGCUGACCGACAAGCUGCAGCGAGGUGAGAGCGGUGGCGGAAGCCUCUACCGGGGGUGGGUGCAGCACUACCGGUCCCUGGUGGUCUGUGCCUGGCACCUGGUGUACGGCCACCAGCAGCAGCAGAGCGGGGCCCUGGAGGGGGCGCUGCCUCACCUGCUGCGGGCCUGCCAGAUCCACCGGGAGCUGCAGGAGCGGCCGCCAGCGGGGCCACACAAGACCUUGGACUGGCGGGUGCUGUGCCGGGCACGCAACUCCUGCCUGCUGGCCCUCAACCGGCGGCUGGUGGACACCUUCGUGGAGGGCGAGGCAGAGCAGCUCGGGGAGAUCCCCGGCGUGGUGACCAGCCUGGUGGUGCCGGCCAUAUCCCAGCUGGUGGCCAGCGACGCGGAGGAGGACCGCACCACCAUAGAGCAGGUGCGCGCCAGCUGGUGCCAGCCGCUGGACCGGGAGUGGGGGGUGGUGUCCCCCACCAAGUUCAAGAUGAUACAGCAGCUGCUGGAGCUGAUCCUCAACGCCGGGCCGGAGGCGCGCGGCAGCAGCGCCGGCCCCUUCAGGACGCCCCGGCCCCCCAACCUGAUGCACCUGUACAAGGAGUACAGCAAGUGCUGCAGCGCCAUCAUGGCAGACUCCGCCCCCGCCCCCGCCUCCCCCACACCCACGCCCACGCCCACCAAGGCCCAGACCAGCGACUUGUGAGGCCCCGAGGCCACCCGCCCCAACGCUGCCCCCCAGACUGUGAUAGUGUUGUGGACGUGUGUGUGGAGCCUGGCCACCCCUAGCCCUCUUGACCCCCCCCCUCUCCCCCACCCCAUUCCUUCCUUCCUCCACCCUCCACGCCCUCCCCCCCUCCCGGGCCAUCCUCCACACCCCAUCACCCAAACAGCCUCCACAAGACAAACAGACAAAGCAUAUACACACUCUCCAUGCGGUUGUGUGCCGCCGCAGUGCCCUGCGCACCACUGUACAGAACCAGAACAUAACAGAGCUGUGUUUGGAAGGGCUGCCGCAGACGUAACAGUAACGGAUUGAUGAGAGCCACGUUUGUCUUCAUACUUUCUCCGUCGAUUAAAUAUAAAGAAGUUAACAUUUUUUUCUGUGCCGGUCUAUGUUUAAUUCUAUUUAUUGAAUUGUUUUUUAUCAUUUUUUGUGCCGACCGCUCACUCGCUUACUGGUCCAUCCUGCCCCUUAGUAAGCCUCCUCUUGCCCAGCUUAGGGAAGACUCGUGCCUGCCCCGCCGCGCCCCGCCACACCCCGCCAAGACCUACAGUGCCAAGAGUACCAACAUGCACCACAGCCAACCCUAGGACUGGUGGGCUAGCAUAGGCUCGGUGGCUGGUCUCCUGGGCCUUGAUAAAUGAACUCAUACUGGCCAAUUCACUUCCUCAGUCGCAGUUUCAAGAAGCAUAUAUAUAAUCCUCAAGGAAGCACCGCAUACCCCCCCCCCCACCCACCCGCCCACCCACACACACCCCGCACAACCCGCUCCCCCCUCACUCAUAUCUAAAACAUUCAAUUCCAUUCCUAAAACCCCAGACGGUCUUCUCAUCUCACUUGCCAGCUUUUGAAUCCUCUCACUCACCUCAACUCACACUUCAGGUUCAAGUCCUCAAACGUCAUCACCAAAGAGUGUUCAGUUCCCCUCAAGAAGUGUUCAAGUCCAUUUAAGAAGAAUCCAAUCUCACAAGGAGUGUCCAAUCCCUCCCAAGUAAUAUUCGAUCUCUCUUUAGUAAUCCUCAAACCCCAAACGGUCUUCUAAUCUCACUCGCUAACUUCCGCAUCCUCUCACCUCAACUCACACUUCAAGUUCGACUCCACAAAAGUGUCCAAUUCCCCUCAAGAAGUGUUCAAGUCCAAUUAAGAAGAAUCCAAUCUCACAAGAAGUGUCCGAUCCCUCCCAAGUAAUAUCUGAUCUCUUCAGUAUUCGAUGCAAGUCACAAGGUAUUCAGUCCUAAUGUUCCUAUGACCCAGACCUCCUUGCCUUACCUGCCCCCCCCCACCCCCCCCCACCCCUCCGACCCCCAAUGACAAA